UAAUAACACACGAGCAUUAUCCGGUCCAAGUGGAAAACUCGGUGGGUUUGAUUACACACUCUGGUCGAUCGUACGUGUCGUACAAUACUGAAACAAAGUUUCAAGAUUUUCUUGCUCGUGGAAUGGCGAGUCAGGGACGUAAAGACGUCGACAAUCACUCACAGGUGUAAAGAUGUACAAAGGAUUCGAUCCCGACGAUACCACCGAUUGUCAGCCGCAGCAAGAAGAUGCAUCUUACGGGACGGUACUGCUCAGCACAUUUGUCAUUCGCAAGAAAAGAUGCAGGGUUUAUUUUCACAAAAGUACGCUUAUAUGGGAAACUGAGCGACCGCCUUACAAAAGAUGGACUCUACUGCUGACGGACGUCAUAGCUGUGAACUUCGGCAAUGGGUUUGGCAAAGACGAGCCAGGCUUGAUAUCGUCAUCGAGCCCAAAUCCACCAACGACUUUUGUUUUACACUACGCAGCCCGAGGUGCUCAACACAAAUGGAGCCACCAUAGCGUUGCCAUGAGCCACGAUGAUCCUAGACAGAUCGCUUCGUGGGUAAAAACAAUUAGGAAUUGUCUUGCGAGUUUCAAGAAUCGGCCAAAGAAAAUACUCCUCUUCGUAAAUCCUUACGGUGGUAAGAAAAAAGGUCUAGAAAUUUGGGAAAAACAAGUGCAGCCACUGAUGACUAUAGCUGGUAUUGAGUCCAAAGUUGUUAUCACAGAGAGGCAAGGUCACAUUCGUGAAAUCCUGCUUACAAAUGAAAUCGAUAGCUACCAGGCAGCGGUGAGCGUGGGUGGCGAUGGUACGUUCGCAGAGCUGUUUAACGGCAUGAUCAUGCGAACCGCCCGAGAUCAGCGUAUCGAGUUGAACGAUAUAAAUGUGAAACUGCCGAGACCAGCUCUUCCCUUGGGUGUCAUUCCAAGUGGUAGCACUGACACGCUGGCCUACAGUCUUCAUGGGACGACGGACGUCGGAACUGCGGUUAUGCACAUCAUAUUUGGCGACAUGACGGGCCUGGACGUCUCCUCGGUGCACAAUGAUCAAAGUUUGCUUCGGAUUUACGCUAGUAUUUUAAGCUACGGUUACUUGGGGGACGUUGUCAGGGAUAGCGAGAAGUUCAGGUGGAUGGGACCACAGCGAUACGACUAUUCUGGGCUCAAAAAGAUAAUCGCUAAUAAAGGAUACGAGGCGGAAGUCGAGCUACUACCAGAAUCCGUCAAUCCGGCUGCUUGCACAAGGUGCGAAAAAAACUGUGAACGCUGCACUCAGCGUUCGGUGCAUUGCAGCAGUUCCGAGAACAACGACGAUAACGACGACGAAUCAAAGUACUUGAAAGUAAAAGGCAAGUUUUUCAUGAUAAACGGUGCUAACAUAUCGUGCGCAUGCUCUAAGAGCCCGAUGGGCUUUAGCCCACACUGUCACAUUGGAGACGGCUGCGUCGACGUAAUCCUUGUCCGGCACACGUCUCUGUUAAAUAACGUGCGAAUGAUGCUCAGGCUCGCCAGUAAGGAUAAGACUCUGUAUGAUCUGCCGUUCGUGGAAGUCUACCGUGCAAAAGAAUUCACGUUUAGGGCGGCAAAUCCUACGGACAUGCACUCGUCACAGCCUUCAGGUCUUGGUGGUUCGGCCUCAAGUGUUUGGAACUGCGAUGGCGAGGUCAUCAACGCUUCGAGCGUCACGAUAAGGGUACACCGACAGUUGUUGAGGGUUUUCUCACGGCGCAUGCAUCCGGCAGCACCGAAAGGCACGUCCUGUUUCUGCUUAAUGUGACAAUCAUGCGUAGGCGAUCUAUUGUGAGGGGCCUUCAUCCGUCCACUAUACAGUGUAAAAAAAUCAUAGAACCAAGAAGAAACAAUCCAAUGAGUAUUACGACAAAAAAUGGAGGCGUAUUAACGAUUUCAAUAUAAGUGUUAAAGAUUUUUUUAAAAGUGCCUAAGUACAGCAGAAGCGUCCGAGACUGAAGAAAAAAGUGUGAAACCAGUUACACUUGAUGAAAUACAUAUUAACGUAUGUUUUGUACACACACACACAUACACACACACACACACACAAAUAAACAGGGCUCGAGCAACAGAGCUUUGUCGGCUGACUUAUGUUGCUUGCAAGCUCUCUCGAAACGUCUGCAACUGAAUGGGAAGCGGCAUCAUUAGUUGUGCAUUUGUUUUUCAAAUUUUACAAUUCAGCACGAGUCUCAUAAACGAUCUUCUGGAAAAUGUACAAGUUGUAGGUCGUAAAGAAUCGAGCUUUUUCUGCAUUUAUAAUAGUUUUUUUUUUUUUUUACUUUCAAACGGUUGUUUGACGAGCGCAUUUAAACAAAGAGCUCGCCUGGCUUUGGUUUUAAGAAGUUUGUAUACUGAACUUGAUCAGUUCUUAAUUUCAGAUUAAUUUAGGAGUCUAUCUUUUCCUCGUCAGGAGUAAAGAUCAAUUUUCGGAGGGCUCUUCUUUCGGUGAUUUUUACCAUCGUAAAAAAAAGAGUGUGUUUUUAGGAAACAAAAUUCAUAGGAAAAUAUAAUUUUGUUUAUUUAUUGGAAGUAGAUCUUUUGAUCCAACAUUUUAAAAACUAUUCAUACGCGUAAGAACAUUUCUUAUUAUUUGAUACAUACUUUUUGUAAAAUAAGUAUUCAAGUAUUGGUGGUUGCAAAAGUCAUAAAUAUCUCUGAAUCAUAAAGAAUAUACAAUAUUUUAUUAUAUAGAUUAAAAUAAAAGAAAACAAUGUUCCUUGGAGUAUAGCAUGAUAAAUAUAAAUUUAAAGAUGUAUAGUACAAUACUUGCAUAAUGAACAAAUAAAUACAAAAUCCAGACGAGCUUGUAUACAAUAUAAAGUGAUUAGAUUACAAGAUCACCCCAAAACAAUAAUAUAAUGGAACCAGAACUUAGGGUAUUAUUUUUAUACAUAAACUUUUAUUUUUCAUUCAUUACUUGACGGUGCUAGUAUUUAAAAUAGGGAGUUAUAAUAAUAUUUUUGUUAAGCUAAAAUUUUUUUUGCAAAAUCCUCUACUACCUUUUAGUUUAUGAUACCCAGUAUUUCGUGUGGGUUGACCAAGAAUAUUAUAACGUAGGGCUGAGUUAUCGUUUUAGUGAAUUUUAAAUCAAUCAUGAAGUUAUUAUAAUUAUUUUUUAACGAAACUGUGCUCACGUCAGGGUAGUUGAGAUUACUGCGUAACUAAUUUAUUUAAUAAAAUACACACUGCAGUAAACAUGUCUAUCAUUUAAGAUCUGACACUUUGAAAUAUUUUUAUUCAACGUAAGAACUAAAAACCAUCAUGUAAAUAUCUUGUAUUAUUGAUUAUGAAAAAAAUGUAUCUAUGCAUAUAUUUAUUCUUAUAGUGUUAAAAUAUACAAUAUUACAUAGUACGCAAAGUUAUAAAUGUUACUGAGGUAGAAGGAAGUAGUGCAAGAUCGGUCUAUUUAAUUUUUAUUCGAAGAAAAGUGAAAUGCAUGUAAUAUCUUUUGAUCGUGCAAUCAAUGUGCUAUUAACGAUCCCAUUAAAGAUUUUCUAUUGAGAAAAAAUUUUUUUUAUGUUGAAGUAGAAAAGAAAAGAGAAAAAGAGAUACUAUAGAUAUAAGCUUUUUUACCAGCAAAGAGAAAAAAAGUAUUUUAAAUACGAAAUGUGUUCAGGACUUCAGCCUAUUAAGAGCUAGCUUAAACUGAUGUCUGUUAUGAAAAAAAAAUCAACGAUAUUGUAAUAAUCUGCUUGUUAAUAAUGUAAGCCAAGAUUUUUUUAUAAAUCACACUCAGAAAUAUUAUGGAAAAAUAAGGAAAAAAAUUUGGCACUCUUGUUAUGUAGUUAAAAAAACCUAUUAUUAUUUCAACAGACAAUACACUCAAGAAUUUUCAACGGCCAAAGUACUUGUUAGAUAGAUACAUACACAUAAUACUAAACAAUAUAAUUUUAUGUUUAAAAAUAUCCAUAAAUGUACGCAAUUAAUGAUGAAAUUUUUGCUGUU